UUCUCGGUUGCUGUGGGACUUGGUUCGCUGCUCUGAGUUAAAGCUGCAGCAGCUUUUUGUUUUCAGCCAGCCUGCAGACCAAAGCUGAGCUGAACAGGAUUCCUAAAAAUGAUCCCGGUAUGGAAAGUUUUGGUCAUGUGUGGAAGUUGCAUUCACAUCCAGGGCUUCAUUCAGGACGCAGCUGAUACUGAGGGGAGGGGACAGGAGGCGGGGGGCUGACCGUACUCUGCGCUGGAAGCCUCGCACACUACUUGAGCUCCCGUUGGGCCGAAACAGUCGCUGAGAAAUCCGUUUUUCCACAGACGACUCCGCGGAUUUUGCGAGUAAUCCUGUGGGUUCCAAAAGCGCCACGAUGACUCACUUUAAUAAGGGACCAGCCUACGGACUGUCUGCUGAGGUGAAGAGCAAAAUUGCUCAAAAAUAUGACCCACAGAAAGAGGAGGAGCUCCGUUUCUGGAUUGAAGAGGUGACCGGAAUGUCUAUUGGAGAGAAUUUCCAGAAAGGCUUGAAGGACGGGGUCAUCCUCUGCGAACUGAUUAAUAAGCUGCAGCCUGGUUCAGUGAAGAAAAUCAACCUUUCACAGCUCAACUGGCACAAGCUGGAAAACCUUGGGAAUUUCAUAAAAGCUAUCCUGGCCUAUGGCCUGAAGCCCAAUGACAUCUUUGAGGCCAAUGACCUGUUUGAAAAUGGAAACAUGACUCAAGUCCAGACAACGCUACUCGCACUGGCUAGCAUGGCAAAGACUAAAGGCAUGGACACAAAGAUUGAUAUCGGAGUGAAAUAUGCAGACAAACAAGCUCGACACUUUGAUGAUGAGAAGAUCAAGGCUGGCCAGUGUGUCAUCGGACUGCAGAUGGGAACAAACAAGUGUGCAAGUCAGGCUGGAAUGACUGCGUAUGGAACGAGACGACAUCUGUACGAUCCAAAGACUCACACUGACAAACCUUAUGACCAGACCACCAUCAGCCUACAGAUGGGGACCAACAAAGGAGCCAGCCAGGCGGGCAUGCCGGCCCCCGGUACUCGCAGAGACAUCUUUGAUCAGAAAGUGGCCUUGCAGCCGCUGGACAACACCACCAUCUCUCUGCAGAUGGGCACCAACAAGGUGGCGUCUCAGAAAGGAAUGAGUGUGUACGGGCUGGGCCGCCAGGUUUAUGACCCCAAGUACUGCGCCCCCCCCACCGAGCCGGUCAUCCACACUAACGGCAGCCAAGGCACCGGCACCAAUGGUUCUGACAUCAGCGACAGUGACUAUCAGGCUGAAUUCCACGAGGACGAGUACCACGCCGGCUACCACAACGACUGUCAUUACAACGAUCAGAACAUCGACUGCUAGUCGGGCUCUCCACCUGUUAACAAAUGUGUUUUAUCACUACAACAGAGCAAGUCUUUUGCUAUCCUUGCUAGUCUUUUUAUUCUCUAUUAUCUGAAAUGUUGCUUUGUAUUUCGUCUUCACCUAGACUCUUUAAGACGUAGCAUAGAAUCACCACACGCGCGCACACACAGUGACAGAUGCUGUUUUCUAAGCUAAUAGCCUCUUUUAUAAAAAGAAAUGAUGGAACACUGAUGUAGAGAUGACGCUGCCGAUGAAUCCGAUAAAUUCCGCUCUUUGCAUUCCUUAAAUGUUGCUGAUCCAUUUGUCGGCUCCAAGAGCACGUACCUCGUGUGGGAUUCAUGCUAAUGGCUAGACCGGAGUUGCGUCCUGAAUUUCCAGCCUCCCUUUGUUCUCUUUUGUUCUGUGCCCUCUUGUAUCGCCGAGCUGUAUUUAUGUGCAGUGUCCCAAAGUAAAGCAGUCUGCUGUUCUAUGUUCCACAAUGAAAAUGACAUGUUAUAAAUAAAGUUUUAAAUCUUUAAUAUUAAACCUGGAUCACGCACUAAUCCCAGCCUACAACAUGGUUCUACUGCUAACAUGGAAAUCAGGUCAUGUACACGUCUGUGGAAAGAUGCUCCGAGUGUGCAGUUGUGAGGUGAAGCAUUGGCUCUGAUUGGAGGCUGACAUCAGCGCUCAUAGUUGGGGAACAGACAAAGUCAGACUGUAACCACUCCCCCACACAGGUACGGGUCCUAACAGGCAUCGUCUUUGACAAAACAAGAGUGUGUGACCCCAAAUGUAAUAAUCUUUAGAUCCUAAUAGGAGAUACUCAGAGUAACUAAAUCAUAAUCGUAUGAUGGCAACAAUGGACCGCUGUGUGGUACUUUAAUAAUCAAAGCACUAUUUUGUAUUCAGAGCCUGAAUCACACACGUUCAUACAGAUGCUUUAUUCUGUGCUGAAGUACUUUCGACCUCGCGUGCAUACACACAGUCAUCAGAGGCAAUUUGGGCUUCAGUAAAUUGCCCAAGAACAUGUUGCAUUUACGUGCGAGAAGCCAGGAAUUAAACCAACAACCUCCUGAUUGGUAGCACCGGCUCUCUAGCAGCAGCUGUUCCUAACAAGGACUAAAGUACCCUCAUCUUCAGGUCCAGGUUUCAUCCUACGUAUCCCCCCUGUGGCUGCUUUCUCUCACCGUACAGAGACACGUGUGCUAGGUUGAAGGAAUAAUGUGUUGUUCCUGCUGGAAUGAUCCAGGCUUUCCAGCCUCCCUGAACUCAAAGAUGUGUGUAGCUAAUCGAUGUAGUGUACAGUAGAUACUGUUAUACAGUACAGGAAUGUUACUUUAGUACUACUUUUUAUCUGGGGAGUAUAUCAUGUCUACAUUUAUGUAACAAUGUAGCGUUGCAAACAUGAAAGGAAGAAGUGAAAAUAAACCCUGUAAAUUUACUUCUAAUAAUGAUUAUCUGCAGAAUCUCCUUAUAUACUGGUCAGUGUGCAGCAACCACGCUGUUGUGUAAUGUGCUACUGGGAGCGACUCAGUCCCAUAUUAGUACACAGUUUGUAUUUGUGCACAGGAAAUCGAAGCACGACCUCUGGAAUGAAAGCAAAACUGUUUCCAGGCACGCUCAAACUUUGAAUCUCUUGGUAGGAACUUAGCUGGACUCCUGUUAUUCAUAAUGAACACACGGCUUUACCCUAAUUUCGUUUUGUUGAGGGACGUCUUUUAUCUGCUAAUUUGAAAUAUUGAGAGAACAGGCCUUACCUGGCCAUGACAGUGUCCCAUCAUCUUUGAGCCUCAACAGUGUUGAGACUGUGUACAACAUGGCUGUAAUAGUUUUGUUAAAAC